GGAAGUCACUGGCUUCGGUGGAUUUGGUGAUGCUGAGUGGGCAGGAAAGAGGAGUUCCUGGGCCAGGAGAUAAUGCCUCGGGAAAGCACUUUUGAGAAUCGUGAUUCUGGCCGCCGCUUGCUGUUGUUCUCUUUGCAAUGGGCCACUUUUGCUCGGGUUUGGUAUCUCUUAGAUGGGAAAAUGCAGCCCCCUGGCAAACUGGCUGCUUUGGCAUCAAUUAAACUUCAAGGAUUGCAUAAACCUGUAUACCAUCAACUGAGUGACUGUGGGGAUCAUGUUGUCAUAAUGAACACAAGGCACAUUGCAUUUUCUGGAAAUAAAUGGGAACAAAAAGUGUACUCCUCACAUACUGGCUAUCCAGGUGGAUUUAGACAAGUAACAGCUGCUCAACUUCACCAGAAGGAUCCAGUAGCAAUUGUGAAACUAGCUAUUUAUGGCAUGCUGCCAAAAAACCUUCACAGAAGAACUCUGAUGCAGAGGUUGCAUCUUUUCCCAGAUGAGGAUAUACCAGAAGAUAUUCGUGAGAAUUUAGUCGAGGAGCUUCCUCAGCCACGGAAAGUGCCCCGACGCCUCGAUGAGUACACAAGGGAAGAAAUCGAGGCUUUCCCAAGAGUGUGGUCUCCGUUUCCUUAUCUGGCCUUCCAGGCUGUCCGUGACCUGGCUCCUCUCUGUCUCUGAAGCUUACGUUCUUCCCACUUUACUAGUCUAAUAAUAGCAGCUUGUUUAAGAUUGUCACCCUUUUCAUGCAAUUCAAUUCUUUCUUGCUUUUGUUCUAUUACUUUGUCUGAAACAACAUGCCCCUCGCCUCAUCCUCUGCAAUAACCCUAACUCAUUCUUUCGACCUUAGUUCAAAUAUCACCACCAAUGAGAAGUCUUGCCUAAACAGCAAGACCAGACUAUGUGCUCAGCCAUCUUCUGCCAUAUUACCUGCUGUGUAACUCUGUCAUUACCACACUUAGCUCUUCAAGAGCAAGGGCUGUGUCUUGUUCGUCAUUGCCUCCCCAGUGCGUAGAAUAGUACUUCAUAUAAUGAAGUCUUGGGGACAUUUACAGAAUUUAUACAGUAGGUCUAAAAGAGAACCACAUAUCCUUAUUGCUUGACCUACACAAGACAGCUCAUCUUCCCACAGAUACUACCCUCUGUGCUCUGAAAAUUCAUAUCCCUUUAUUGGCUCUUUACUCAGAUAGGUUUGUGAAAUAUAGGUGAAAUCACAUACUUGUGAAAAUAUAAGCCUUCCCAGGAUUGUCAGUAUGCACAGCAAUCUAAUCUUGGACUCUGUUGUUAUUACAUGUAUAUAAUCUUCAGAGUCUUUCCACACAGAAGUCUUUAGGAUAUUCUGUUUGAAUCUUUUUAACUUUACUGACUUGUAUCAAGGUACUCCUUUACUAAAUCUGCAGAUAAACAAAAUAAUGUAAUUAUUAGUGACAUUUAUUAUAGUAACUAUUUAUUGGACACUUCACCAAUUGCCCAACACUGUGCUAGGUAUUUUACGUGCAUUGAAUUUAAUUCUCUCCACAGGCCUAUAACAUAGAUAUAUUAUUCCUAUUUUUAAGUGUAAGGCAAGGGUCAUCAGGUUUGUAUAUAGCCUGCAUUUGAACCCAACUGUGUCUGAUUGCAAAACCUAUUUUCUUUCCAUAGAAGCAAACUGCUUCAUUAAUUUAAUUUCUCAACAAAUAAUAUUUCAGCUACCUCUUCUGUAUAAGAUACCAUCAUAGGCACUAAGACACAUGGAGAAACAGCAUUAAAACAAUUAUUUAAUUCAGGUGCACAAACUUCUACCGAGUUUAUGCUAUGUGCCAGACCUUUUGAUACAUGUCUAGGAUAUACAGAUAGUGAAGCAUUUAAAUGUAACCUCCUCCAGAAGUCCUUCCUACACUCCUUAAACUGGAUUAGCCCCCUUUAAUAGGGUCUCAUUGUACACUUCCUUUUCAUUUACUGCAUUUAUUCUAAUGUAACAAAAUAUCAGGGUGAUUUUUUUUUUUUGUUGACUGUCUUCCUGUAACUAGACUCCGUGAGGGAACUGCAUGUUGUCUUCCUUAGCUGAGCAUAGUAGCAUCUGGCACAUUAAGUAGGCACUCAGCAAUUACUUAGUGAAUACAUGAAGAAAUCAAAUACCCUUGUAUCAGCUUUUAUAAAUGAAGUUAGGAAAGAAUCUCUAGAAGAUAUAAAGUGAAGGUAAUAAAAUGCUCCAAUUUAAUACUAAUUCUUCAUGCUACAAUCGAUGAAAUCUACUAUCUUUGAAAACACCUUGUUUUAUUUCUUUUGUUUCUCUUCAUUGUAUCCUCUGAAUUAAUCAAUUUUCAGUUGAUAUCAAAUGAAUGAUUAACAAACUAUGUAAAAAAUUGAAAAAAUUGAUUUUAUUGGUACCUGAUACUAUUACCAGCUAGUUAUCAGGAUACAUUCUCAUGAUAAGUAUUUCUUUCUAAAAUAAAGAAGUGCAUUUCUCAUCA